GAGGGGCCGUCCCUCCCAAGCUGCCCCGUGUGUAUGAACCCGUGGACCGCCGAGGGCGAGCAUCGCGUAAGCUGCAUUCCUUGCGGGCAUGUCUAUGGCAGGUCUUGUUUAGAGAAAUGGUUAUUACAGUGUGGGAAGAAAACUGCCACGUGUCCUCAGUGUGGCAAGGUAUAUAGGCAAAAGAACAUUAUCAACCUCUAUGCACCAGAGAUUGUUGUUCCAAAUGAUGAUCUUGAAAAGCAAGUAUUGUCAUUGAGACAGAAAAAUGAUACUCUUGAGAAUCAACAACAAAAAAUGAUUGAGGAGAUAAAAGAGUAUAAGAGGCAGAUUUCGUUGCAGAAGCAUUUAAUAAAUGAAUCGAAUUCGAAGCGACAGAAAAUGGCAGAACAGUCAUCAAAUGGAGCAAGGAUUGCACAGUUAGUUGCCUCAUUUAGAGCAGAUGGUGGCAGUAGUGACCCUUGCAAGUUUUUUCUCCAGAAUGAGUAUUUCCUGGAUGGAGCUCGAGUCAUGGGCAUUGAUGCAUCCAGCCAGAUCAUAUUAGCUUCUGGCAGGGCUGCUGGAGUUAGUAUUGAACAUGUCCUUACAAAGAUCAGCAUGUUCUCUGGACACCAAACAAAAGUGCAGCUUCCUCCCAAUACGAAAGCUCUCAAGGACAUAUGUAUAAUUCCUGGGGGGCUUGCUGUUUUUGCAUCUCUUGGCAAGAAAUUGUCACUUUUAAGCAUGACAACCAAUAAUAUCGUCCAUCAAUAUGAUCUACCGGCUCCUGGCUGGUCCUGUUCAGGGCUUCAAAACGGUCCAAAUCACAUAUAUGCUGGAUUACAGAAUGGCAUGCUUUUGGUCUUUGAUACCCGCCAAACUAAAGCAGCACUGCAUUCCUUAACGGGUCUAUCUACACACCCAGUUCAUACAAUCCACUCUGUGGUAGAUUCCAGUGGUUCCACGAAGGUCAUCUCUGCUUCUUCCAUAGGACCUUGUAUUUGGGAUGUAGAUGGCAGCGAAAAUAGGCCAAGUUUGCUUACCGGGACGGAAAACCAAGGGGUCUGCAUAUCUCUUGCAUGUGCUGCUCCAUCAAGUGAUCUAAUUGUGGCUACCUUCCGUCCGAAAGUUGAGUUGUCAGUUGAUGGCACCUCAUCCCAAGUGGCUAUAUCACAAUCACCGACGCUCUCCAGUUCUGGAAAGCUGGGGUGUCAUGCCCUCAUGAGGAGGGCAAGCGGCACAUCCUUCGUGAAAGAACAGACCUGCAACGGCAAUGUAAGUGAGCUGCGGAUGUCCAAAUCUGCAAUCAUACCCAGCAUCAGAAACAACCAGCACCUGUUUGCCUAUGGAGAUGAGUCGCUGAGCGGAAUCCGGACGUGGCAGCUGCCUUCGUUUCAGGCGUUCAGUGAUCUCAAGCCGCACCGCAGACCGAUCCUUGACCUGAGGUUCGCACAGAGCUCUACCGGGGAGAAGUACCUUGGCUGCUUGAGUGAGGAGAAGCUGCAGGUUUUCAGAGUCACUGAUCACUAA